AUGGUUAUAGUUGUAGGCUUUGAAGGAUCUGCCAAUAAAUUUGGCGUUGGAAUAAUUAAAGACGGAGAAAUUCUAUCGAACCCACGUGAUACUUACAUUUCUCCGCCUGGUACUGGAUUUCGCCCGCCAGAUGCUGCUCGUCAUCACCGGGAGGUCGCCCUGCGUAUUUUAAAGGAGGCACUUACAGAGGCGAAGGUGAAAGUGUCGGAAAUUGACGCUAUAUGCUACACGAAGGGGCCUGGUAUGGGUGCGCCUCUUGUUUCUACGGCAGUGGUAGCGCGGGCGAUAGCUCAACUUUGGGAUAAGCCACUUCUCGGCGUUAAUCACUGCGUUGGGCACAUCGAAAUGGGACGGCUCGUCACAAAGGCCGACAACCCGACAAUUCUUUACGUUUCCGGCGGAAAUACACAAGUCGUUGCUUAUUCUAAACAGUGUUAUCGUAUCUUUGGUGAAACCCUGGAUAUCGCGAUUGGAUCCUGCCUCGACAGAUUUGCCCGUGUUAUAAAAAUAUCGAAUGACCCCUCGCCCGGCUACAAUAUUGAGCAGUUCGCUAAAAAAGGAAAAAAGUUUAUCAUGCUGCCCUACGUUAUAAAAGGGAUGGACAUGAGCUUCUCUGGAAUUUUAAGCCAUGUAACCAAACUUGCGAAGACGAAAAGCGGAAGUGAAGAAGAAUUGAAUCAGUUCAAGUAUGACUUGUGCUACUCCUUACAAGAAACACUUUUUGCGAUGCUGGUGGAAGUGACGGAACGCGCGCUGGCACACACAGGUUCAACAGAAGUUCUUAUUGUCGGUGGCGUGGGAUGUAAUAUCCGUCUGCAAAAGAUGAUGGAGGCGAUGUGCGAAGAGCGAGGUGCUCGACUCUGUGCUAUGGACGAUCGCUACUGCAUCGACAACGGGGCGAUGAUCGCCCAGGCGGGCCUCUGCGCCUUCAACGCAGGCGUACGCGAUAGCCUUUCUGACUGUUCCAUAACACAGCGUUUUCGAACGGACGAAGUAGACAUGGCCGAUGGUGAGCUCUGUGGAAAUGCAGUAGCGACUAAGGCUAACGUUAAACCGAACACAAUCGAAAUUCAUAAUGGGUCGAGGCGUGUCCGAGAGUUCGUCGCCGGCGGCAUUGCGGGCUGCAUCGCCAAGGGAAUGGUGAGCCCUUUUGAUCGGAUCAAAAUCUUGCGCCAGGGCGAACACAGGAUACACGCUAACUUAUCAAUUAUAAAAUCUGCUCAAACAAUCGUCAGACAAGAAGGCUUCAUGCAGUUAUGGCGUGGAUUUCCAUCACUCGUUAUUAGAAUUUUUCCAUAUGCAGGAAUCCAGUUCCUCAUGAUAGACGUUUAUAAAAGACAAUGGGACCAAUACUUUAAUAAAAAGCUUGUUGUAAGCGAGCCAGUGAAAAAUCUGAUUUGUGGAUCUGCAACUGGACUCUCAGCGACUUUGUUAACCUACCCACUGGACACUAUUAGGACUCGUAUGCUGUUCACUACAAAGUAUGACCAAGACUACAGGACAUGGUCGACGACCGUCCGAUGUAUUUAUUCAAGCUGUGGCGUUAAAGGUUUCUUCAAUGGAAUGAGUCCUGCGUUGUGGGGGAUGAUUCCUUACGCUGGAAUUAGUUUCGGGACGUACGAGUCACUCCGCGAGAAAGUGCUCUCUUAUCCGGAGGAGAGCUUCUACGGACUGAAGCUGCGAAGGGAGACUCCUGAAGGAAAGAUAGUUUCAAAUUGGUACAUGAACUCGUUGUGCGGCAUCGCUGCCGGCCUCCUCUCGCAAUUUGUCUGCUUUCCCAUCGACACAGCGAAGAGACGCAUGCAGAACGCGAAUUUGAUCGAAUCUCAAGCAGCGCUGAAAAAUAAGCUCUCCAUAAUGGACACCUGGAAAGACUUGUGGCAACGCGGGGGCUUCCGCUUAAUUUACAGAGGCUUCUCUUUAAAUAUCAUUCGCGCUCUUCCUGCGACUGCCACCAGCUUCACUGUAAACGAGCAUAUUCGCGAGCUGUUCCAAGUGCCUCGAUCAAAACCCUAA